UCGCGCAUCACCCUGUUCAUUGGUGCCUUGCACUCACUAACGAAGGGAGGGCUACACUUAGCUGGUCUCAUUUAUCAUAUUUUGUCGUAAAAAUGACUGAACAAACGACGGUUACUGGAUUUUUCCCUAUUGUCAAAAGCAACAAGAGUAAUUUUGCAAGCCAUCCAGCAAAGCGAAGAAAGGUUGAACUGCUGUCUGUUAAUUCCAAUUUAAUGAUGAAACAGGUUGAUGUAUCAAUGCAGGGAAGGACAAGGAAGGCCAGAUGCUCAAACAAGAGAACUAAAUCACAGAAUCAAGAAUUAUCUCUGUCAAAGCUCUUGUCUGCUGAACCUGUGAAAACAGCUAGUGAAACAACAUCCUCUGCAGAUGGACAUCAGAAGCCAAAAAGGAAAAAUACAUCAAAUUUAAUGGACAAGAAAAGUCAGAUUCUAGAUUCAACUGUCAAUGAUUCACAAAGUGAGGAGCUGACUAAUUCUGUAGCAGUUGAACAACACAGUAAUGUUAAGGUUGAUCCUUGGAUAUCAGAACAGGCAAAACUUGUUCUUGCGAUGGGUAGAGGCAGUAAAGCAGUUCAAGCCUCUCAAGGAAAAAAUGAAAAGACAACAUCAAAAUCAGUAAAGCCUUCAGAAGUUUUUAAGCCUGGUUCAGAAGAAGUUGUAAAUAAAGGCAAUGUAAGGGAAAUGUGCUUGCAAAAGUUUCAAGAAACUAUCAAGGCAGAGAAAGCUGUAUCUGGCAAAGGAAGAUUGAGGCAAAAGUUUUCCCAUUUGAUUUCAUCUGCAGCUGAUGAUCCAAAAUCCAACAUUGCAGUUAGCACAAGACAUGAAAAGGAGUCUAUUUCAUCAACUAGUAGAAGUGCAAGACUACCAGCCCAUCAGAGAUACAAGCAUUUGACAACCAAGAAACCUGAAACUACAUUUGUGUUGCCUCAAAAAUACAAGUCAUUGCUAGAGAUGUUUAGAAGUGUAGAUUCUGUAUUAUUCUUGCUGUACCGAAGAUCAGAAACAUGCACAUUUGAGCGUCUCAAAACAUCUGUCCAGUCAAUGCUGGGAAAAAAAUUUAUGGAGAAGCACCUUGGUCAGAUGAAAGCAGUUUAUCCUAAAGGAUUUACAUUUAGAAUUGAAAAGAAAUUGAGAGAUCUUCAAGGCAUGCCGAGCAAGCCUCAAUUGACAAUUGAUGCCAAUUUUGAGGAACUAGUUGUUUCAAAGGCCCAAGAAAGAAAGGACAUCAACCAAACUGUAUUAAUUCUCAGGAGGAACAAAUUUGAAUCAGCCCUAGUAGAAAUUACAAAGAAACAUCACCAGAAAUAUUUGAAGAAACUGAACCUAAAAAUUGAUGACAACGAUCUGCAAAGAUGGCAUCCCCAUUUCAAACUUGAGGAUGUUCCAGAUAUUGAGGAAGCAUCAUUGCCUGAAUUCUCCUUUGCAAAACCAAUUACUUCUGUCAAAGAUAUGUUGGAAAGUAAUAAUUGUAUCCCACAGGUUGCAAAGGCUUUCGAAAAUGUUUCAAAACAUUCCAAGAAGGAGAAAUCAGAACAAAGCACUUCAGAUCCACUUCAGCAUUCAAAAGUAGAGAAAAACAAAGUUGCAAGGAAGGAAAUAGAUAAUGACCCAAAUCAUAUUCUUAAAGGUGUCUCAUCAGACCUGUUGGAGAGGAUACGAGAAAAAGAAAUGAAAAAAGCUGAGCUAGCUAUGCUGCGGGACCCAGCACAAGAGCGCCGUCUUGUCUUGUUGAAUCAACUACCAGAUAUUGUCCGUACUUUGAAAACACAUUUUACCAUUGAAAAGAAAGCAGCCAUUCCCUUAGAAGACUGUUCCAUAAAAUUCUCUGAAAGCAUGGGUUUAAGCAGCUCAUCAACCAAUUUCGAAGAUCAGAUCAAACUUUUACAUGAGCUGGUGCCUGACUGGCUUUCAAUUGUCAUAGUUCGGAAGUGUCCUUAUGUGAAGAUAGCAAAGUCAGCUGAUGUUAAUAAUGUCUUAACAAGACUUAAAGUCAUCGAAGAGAAAGAAAGAAAAAAGUAACUAUUAGUAGCAUAUUUAAUUUUUAGUUUAAGAUGUAAAUAGCCAGGUUUUAUUAUUUGGAAAGUUUCUUUAUAAGGAUUUAAAGUUUUCUGUUAUUAAAAUUCAUUUUGAUUUUAUGAUUUCAGUAUCUGAAAUUUAGAACAGUUAAAAAUACUAGCUUGUUAUGUAAGAAAUAAAUUAAAGUUUGAAAUAGUGUGAAAUUUUGAGCAAAUAUACACUGUUAUUGCUUUGUGUGAACAGAAUGGUCUCUGCCAUUGUUUGUGAAAGCCAAAGGCUCUAAAGUAAAGCUGAUACUUAGCAGUUGUCAAUGCCUGGUCUCAUUCAGU